GCCAACGAGGCCGUGGAAAAUAUCUGGAUCGUUGAUUUUUGCCGAUAUAAAGUAAUUAUAGAGAACCACACAAUCACUGUGUUCAGAGCUCGCUUGCUCGCGCUUUCUGUAUGUGUAUGUAUCAGCUUGAGUGAAUAAGCAUUUAUUCUGCGUGUCAAUUGCUUCAGUUUGUGGAAGAACUUACAUGACAUCCUAUUAAGAUUAAUAAUACGCAGCGCGCUCUCUUUCUCUAGGUAGUAUCCGACUGGCAAGCUUAUUAAGUGGCACUAGCAUUUACCAUGUUCCGCCGCAAGAAUAAUUGUCAGAGUGAUCAGGAGAGUGAGGAGCUGCAGCAUGAACACAAGGUCAACGAGCUUAAAUAUGCUCUGGGACCACUUUCAGGUCGUAGCUUGCAGUAUUGCAGUGACGCGUGCUUGAAGCGAUAUUUGGAUGCCCAGAACUGGAAUGUGGAUAAGUCAAAGAUGAUGUUGGAGGAGACAUUGACAUGGAGAUCUGCCUAUAAACCUGAAGAAAUUCUCUGGCCUGAAGUUGCAACUGAGGGCGAGACAGGGAAGGUAUAUAGAGCUAAUUUUCAUGAUCGUCAUGGCAGUACCGUUCUUAUACUAAGACCAGGAAUGCAGAAUACAGUAUCACUAGAUAACCAGAUGAAACAUCUGGUUUAUCUCAUAGAAAAUGCCAUACUCAAUCUUCCAGAAGGUCAAGAACAGAUGGCAUGGUUAAUAGACUUUACAGGAUGGUCUUUAAGCACUAAUAUCCCCAUCAAAUCUGCUCGAGAUACUAUCAAUAUAAUACAAAAUCAUUACCCUGAAAGACUAGCUAUCGCCUUUUUGUACAACCCCCCGCGCAUAUUUGAAGCAUUUUGGAAGGUUGUAAAGUACUUUCUGGAUGCAAAUACAUUCCAGAAGGUGAAAUUUGUCUACCCAAAGAACAAAGAUAGUGUGGAACUCAUGAGAUCCUAUUUUGAUGUAGACAAUCUCCCAGCUGAGUUUGGAGGGAAAGCCACGCUGCAGUACGACCAUGAGGAAUUCUCAAGGCAAAUGGCGCAGGACGAUGUAAAAACUGCUAAGCUAUGGGGUUUCGACCAGCCCCAAUCUAACAGCCGUGGAUGAGCUGAGGUGUCUCCAGAACCUGAGUACCUUGCUCCACCAGUCAGCUAAAUUUUCUGUACAAUGUUGAAAUUAUACUACUGAACCAUUCGGGCUAUAUAAGUCCUAAUUAUAAACGGGAAUAUCUCGUGGAAAUAAUUCAUAAAUUGUUUUUGCUGAAGAAACUCUAGUUUUAUCCUUUCUCAUUUUUUUUCUUUCA